CUUAACGUUUCUUGUUCCCGGACAUCGACCUUGCUCUCUUGGCAGAGGUUGAAAAACCCGCCUACCUGGCCUUCUCAUCCAUUUCUUAACCUCGACAGUUCUCUUCCGGAUCAUUCAACACUUUCCCCUAUUCUCCUCGCGACGCUUACUCAACCCUAACACUCGAUCCUGCAAUCGAAACGCCCAUACUGAUGACUGAACCUGGUCCGUCCAGUAGUAACCGACUCAAACGACAGCACUCUAUUGAGGAUCACGAUUCUUUUAACUAUGGAAGCAAGAAACCCAAGCAGGAAGUUUCGUUGUACACCGAGUAUGAAACGCUGGAACUCGGGUUACUCUCCCCUCGCAGCCCCGGCGCGCAGAGUCUUGCUUCUCCACGCAGUGUAGCAGAAACACCGGAAGUCCAAGCUCGACGCGACGCUCACUUGCGGAUCGCUAUUCAACACCAAGCUGAACUCCAAAAUCAAAUUCAGAGUCCAAAGUUUCCUGCAACUGUGUGGCGUGAUGGUAUGAUCAUCGGAUUUAGUGCUGAAACCGAUAGGCAGAUUCCAAGUGUUCUCAAAGCAAAGUAUCCUCCACUAGCUCCGUCCCUGACCAGGAGCGUGUCAAGUUCUUCCCUUGCUUCAUCUUUCAUGUUACCCCCCGAGCCUCCCAGAUUUGCUCCUAAUUCAUCCCACGAACAUCUCGGUGUUACCAAGACGAGUAUAGAUUUCUCUCUGCCACCCCCUCCUGCUGUCGACAAUGCCACCACCUCCCAAUACGAAUACCUCCCUAUGACUUGCUCUGUCAACAAUAUUUUUUUCUUUACCCGUGGUAAUCGCCUUCAUUACAAGAACCUCCAUACUACCGAGGACAUCGUCCAGUUGUUCAAACUCAAGGACAAGUACGGCGAUAUCCAAGUCGUUCAAUGUGGUGGGUUCGAGCAGAGCAAUACGCUUGCGGUCUCCACCAGCAAGGGGUACAUCCACAUCUGGGACGUCGCAUCCAAGAGGGCCACAAUGAGCUGGCACACGAGAGAUGUUGGGGCGAUGCAAUGGAAUGGACCAGUUCUCACAGUGGGUGAGGUAAAGGGAACUAUCCGUUUCUUCGACAUUAGAAUCAGUCCAGCGACGAAGUUGAAGGGAGAGGCUAGGAAAUUAAUCAGACAUCAGACUCGUAUCACCCAUCUCGCGUGGAACGAGAACAAGAAGUAUUUAGCCACGGGCGACGAUUCCGGUACCGUUUAUUGUUGGGACGAUCGUCAGAAAAGUCCGCUUGAUGUUGGAGAGUUUGUUCAGCGUCGAAAGAAAAUUCAACAUGACGCUGCUGUCACGGCAUUGUCGUGGUGCCCGUGGCAACGCAAGUAUCUAGGCACCGGGGAUGCCAAAGGGACGAUUCGUCUCUGGAGUAUCGAUCCCGAAGAAAGCCGCCCUAACGUGGUCGGUCCCAAUCACACCAUCCGCACUGGCUCCCGAGUCAGCGGAUUACAUUUCUCUUCCCUCUGCAAGGAGAUGAUCAGCGUUCACGGGAAAGAGGCAGAAACUCUUCCUUGGGAUAAUAAUCCUCUCAUCCAUCGUUUCCCGACACAGACCGCUAAUUCUGUUGUCGCGCACACCUUCCCUAACUCUCGUCAUGUGAAAACUUUGUCUGUUUCCGACAAACCUUUGGCUGGAAGCGUCAUGGUCGGUAAUGGGAUGAAGGUUAUCGUUGCUGUCCCGGAAGAGGGCAAGUUGAAGCUUUGCGAUGUAUGGGGAAAACCACCUCCAAUCAAGAGACAGCCCAGCCUUGUGGAUAAAGCAAUGAGCAGUAUUCGCUAACCGUCAUUCCCGUGCUAUCUCUUCUAGCUGGUAGAAGUUAGUGUGGUGGGUAUCAUUGUGUGUCUUUGGUACCAGUAGUAGUAUCGCUCAGUACUAAGUGGUCAUGACAAGAGUAGACAGUUGGGCAGUGACUCUGAAUAAAUCAUGAUAAC